AUUUGAGGUCGGAACGUCGCAAUGAACAGCGCGUUGAUGGUUACACCACGCUGGGGCAGAUCGGCAAUGAACGCUUCGCCGGCAGCAAUUCCUUGGCCACUGACGACCGUGGACAAUUCCAACUGGCUGCAAGGGGAAAACGCCGAGAACGGGGGAUGGUACGAGAGCGAGCAAUCGCCAGGGGUGGAGUACUUGAUCUCCGUUAUACUUUGGCUCAUCUGCUCGGUGACAGUCGUGGGCAACGUCCUGGUGGUAUUGGCCUUCAUACGAGACAGGGAGUUGCGGCUCAAGCCGGCCAACUUGUUCAUCUUGAACCUCUCCGUAUCUGACCUCUUGAUCGGCUUAAUUUCAAUCCCCUUCUUCAAUAUCUGGCGGCACACGGUGGUGUGGGUAGCGGGCGAAGUGGCUUGCAAAUUGUGGAGCAUCAUCGAUUACACAGCGACGACACAGUCAACGCUGGCCAUCGUCCUGAUCAGUUUCGAUCGGUUCAUGCUGGUGUCCAAAGGUCUGCAGUAUAGAAGGUACAUCACACUCAGGUUAACUCACAUCCUGGUUGUAGCCUCCUGGGUCUUCUCUUUCAGUCUCAACUCCAUUCCCAUCCUUUGCUCCGAUAUCGUCUUGGAGCCCUGGGUGGAUUACGGCCAAGACUGCGACUUCGCCAUCCUGUACCACUUUGCCUACAAGCUGACCACCGCUGUCUUCUCGUUCGUCAUCCCCUUCAUCUGUCUGUCCGUUUUCAAUGUCAUUGUGUACAACAACAUCCGUCGGCGGUCCUCGGGCUUCCAUAUGGGCCGGUCCUUCAGACUCAAUGGCAGCACUGUGGCCCGUAACGUAGCUCCCCAAAGCAGGGGGAGCAGCGAAUACCGGAAGCAUCGAAAGGCGGCCAUCACCCUUGCCCUCAUCGUAGGGGUGUUCCUGAUCUGCUGGUUACCCUGGUACGUCUAUAAGCUUGUGGUACUGAUUGCACUGAAUGAGACAAUAAAUAACGACCUCAUGAAUGCUUUUGUCUGCCUCCUGUGGGCAAAUAGUGCCAUCAACCCGUUCCUGUACGCUGUCACCCACCCCCGGAUCCGUGCCGGCCUGAUCGCCUGCAUACUGUUCUGUAUUCCGAAAACCUGCACACCUCUUCAUGUGAGGGGCGGGUUACGUUCCAACUCGUACGACCAUAACCCACAGGCAGACAGAGGUCGAAACAGGCCGGCAACAGCCUUGACGAGAUGCAAUGAAGAGCUGCAGUGCAAUAACCAGGGAUCAUUGGUCUGAACAGGGUUAGUCAAGUUUAUAUGAGUAUGAUUCGAAUUUAACAAAAUAGCCAUUCUAGCCCAGAGCGCCAGAGAGACUCAGCGUCUUUAAAUAAAGAACUUUGUCGGAAACUUGGCACCUAAAAGCACCGCUAUUAUUGGACAUAAUAGCCAGUCUGUUCAGUUUUAUCCAACCCAAUGGCCGUCAAUCAACUCACUGACACAUGAUGUAUUUUUGAAACGUGGAUUUAAAAUUUUUUUCUGAAUAUUAAAGCCCCAGCUCUUCCAAUAAAGCGCCGUAAAUUUAUCGUUUUGCAAUAGUUAAUAUAUAUUAUAAGGUAAACUAUGUCGCAUGAAUCCUUAUCUUCUUCAACUAGUUUAAACUAGUAAACGUAUGGUAGUAAUAAAAUAAACCAACAAAAAGCAAUGAAUGUAGCCACGUCCAUACCCUGGCUUUCUAAUGGAGCUGCACUGAUUCUUGGAAAACAAUUUUGUCCAACAAAAAAGUUCUGUAAAUAUACCAGCUGGUUUUGGGUGUGCUUUGAAGACCAUUUUUGGUGCGUUCUGGCACAGAAGGCUGUGUGAAACUGAUAUGGUGUUCUGAUGAAAAAUCUUUCAAAAUUUGUUUUUAGCAUUUACCUGUCACUCAACGAGAGCGUGCCAAGGCUUCUAGUUAGUGCGUAAAGGAAAAACGCCAACCUGAACUUAAUUGAUAGCGAAUUCUACGCACGGAUUUGAUUUUUUGGUUCUAUCCUGGGUUGCUAGGCAUUGUUUUUGGUUGGCAGUUUGUUUCUUUGUAUAUUUAUUUGUUUGUCUCUUUAUUUUUCCUUUGCUAUAACAAUCAUUCUGUGCAAUUACAUGUAACUGCAUAUUACUGUGGCUCUUUUAGUUAUGUAUGGUUCCCAGUCUGACAGGCGUUGAAACAAAAUAAAGACACUGACUUUAAUGUCGGUUCAAACAGGUUGGUGCCUUAUCCAACUUACACAUUAGGUGAGAUAAUCUGGAUCAAAUGAACUCAAAUCUCGUAGAUGACUUAUAUGACCAAAUCACACGAUGACAUAUGAGACCAGUCACAACAAAUGAGUUGAGAAUUGCACACUGCGACAAUCCAAAGUCAAAACUUGAAGGGAAAGCCAAUUUUUCGGGUUUUGUUUGUAUUAGGAAAGUGUUACCUUUCUAUUCAUUUCCAAAUUUUAGCUGAAACAACAUUUAAAAAGUCAGUUUCUUACCAUUCUUACCAUUCAUUCAUUCAUGUUUGGUAAGAAAUGUUUAAACAAUGUGGGAAACGAAGACACAAAGCCGCUGGAGUAAUGUCACAUUGUCACUAUUUUACCGAGGCGUUAGACACCAUUGGAAACCUACUUUGCUGCUGAAUCAAAAAAUACCACUAUCACAGUUUUAAAAGAAUCGACUUUCACCACAUUUUGUGGUCAUUGGUCGCCUAGGUUCGUGCUUUGGCUUAAAGAAUUCCUUUAGUCUUGACUGUGUACAGCAGAACUGCUAAUGAGCUACGUAUCCUCUUUAUACGUGAUAAGGAGACACGUUGUCAUCGAUGAUUAUGCAAAUUAUCUCCAAAUAUAGCUCAGCAGAUUAAAUUAUCUCUCAGCUGAAUUACUUGACAUUUCGUGUAUUCUUCGCCUGGCGUCGCUUUAAAAACAGCAAUCUGAUUACAAUGCCGACUCGGCGUUGGGUGAAGUUAUUGCACCAUAAAUAUGUUUCUUUCCUACCAAAAUAUUGAUAGUGUCAUUCGCCAGCUUUUGCUCUUGUUAGUGCCAACACCAUAACAAAACGGGCUUCAUAUGCGCGUUAUGUGUCAACACAAUGUAGUUCAGUAGUAGCGCGGGUAUGGUGUUGCUAUGCAUGAAUUCUUCCCUGGCAUUUGGGUUGGCUCUUACUUCCGAACAAGUUUAGGCGAUUUUGUGUACUUGUCGCCUUGAAUUUAUGCCUUCAGCGUUACUCAUUAACGGGCCAGUCCACGUUAUUGCAGUCAGCUGCCGCUCGUAAACUGAACAAAGUUCAGCGUUGACUUCAAUAUUUCUGUGCUCAUAUCCGUCACCUCCACGGCGUUGUUUCGAAGCCAUUUCCGCGGUUUGUGUAUUUAGGUUUUUUCCACCGUCGUUAAGCGAAAGGACAUAACAGCCAGUGUUGGCGUUUAUGGUUCACCUGUGCAUCUGAAGACGGAGAGUACUUGAAACACUGAGUGCAGGCAGUGCGUCUGUGAGCAGCUUCUCGCACGAAAAUUAAGGCUUGAAAAGGACAGCAGGAGGUCAGGUUGUCGAGCCCAUUCCUGAUUUUCCGAAUGCAAUGGCACUACAUGUGCACUGAGACAGAGGAGCUUGUAACGUUCAGCGUAAUACUUCAAGUCUUUCGUUCGGACGCCUAUGUUUUCAACCGGGACGUUCUUUCGAUUGAACGUUCUUCACUGGAGGUGCAUGUUGCACUCAUUCAAUAAGUGCCUUUGUGUGCCUUUGUUUGCGCCACUUCCUCUUUUCCUGGCGGUAAAAUCUAAUUUUAGUCCCCCGAAGUAAACCACUCCCUUCACAAUUCCACGUGAAAAUGCUAGGAAAAGGUAGAGUGCUGUAGGACUAACCCUGUCUGGUAUGAUACUCGUUGAUGAGAUUAUAAAGCGCUCAGUUAUAAUGGGCAGGAAUGAUAUUGCAUGAGUAGAAACACUGUAAUGGUACUGACGCGCCUCAUUCUUGCAGACCACGAGCACAUUGACUCAACAUGACCAAAAAUUAAAACUGUAAAUGGACAGUCUUAGUCCCUGCAGUCAGUGUUUGCUCCUGUCAUCGAUGAACAAAACGAUUUUUAUACUGCAAAACGUGUGGUGUUCACAAAUUUAUCACGUUUGUUUAUUUGUUUUGCUUUUAUUUUCCACGCAAACAAGCGCUGCGAUUAAUUAUGCAUUCCAAUUCGAUAUUUUCACUUGACCUUUCAUAUCCCCCGGCAUCCCUACAACAUUGCGUGUUCACUGAGAAUCUAUUGUAAUAAUUCUUUUCAUCAGGGUGACCUUUUCUUGGCAAGAAGCUUAUCCAGCGAGGCGUGACGAGAACGUUUCGCCCGACUUGUUUAAUAAUCGCCCAAUCUGUGACUGUGACGACGCACGUUAUGAUACCGGACCUUGAUCGCGUGGACUCGCGUUGCCGUUCGAUACCCGCGGCGCCUUCUCCUGGGCACGCCCCCCCCGUUCGAUCCACUGGGACCCCGUCAGCCAACCGGGUCUAGCUGCAGUCUUGCAGACCCGCCGUCUGGAAGUCAUAAUUCUUCAUAACCGCACGCAGUCUCCUCCCCCUCCAUUCUUUCAUAAGCUUCAUAAUUGAUUUUGCUCUUGACUUGUAGGGUGAGAAACUGUCGCAUAUAAGGAGGCCACUCCAGCAACAUAUUCAGUGAUUUUUUUAAUAUCUCCUUCUGAGGCCUCCCCCCCAAAAAAAACCCUAAAACCGAAAGAAAACAAAAAAUAUGAACAUUGCUGACGUUAGGAGUGCGUGUUACUGGAUUCAUCACAUCACGUCAUCGCAAAGAGUCAAAUUAAGUUAUUUUAUUUGAGGGAUAUUUAUUAACGACCAGCCUGCACGCGAUACAUGUUCAGACACGUCGCCGUUACCUUUGCGCAUUCCUUGCUUUAAUAUUGAUUCGCUUUACACAUGGGAUUUUCAAAGGCAAUGCAUAAUUUAUAAACUAAAUCGUAGGCGGUGCGGCUUUUGUUGUUUUUUCUUUAUUAUUAUUAUUGUUUUUUUCAUUUCGCUUGUGGGCUUAGUCAUGUUGAUUUAAAGUACACUAAAAUUUAACAACAAUAAUGUGUGCUGUAUACGAACAGCUCCAUGUUACAUUGUCGAAGUAACCGAGACAUUAUAAUUGAAAAUGAACAUGAACAUGAUUCAUAGUAAAUUACUUGUAUUAUUCAUUACAGUGUAAUAAAGGGGUAGCCCCGCCCCCCAGCCGCCAA